ACUUGGCCUCCUGAGUGUCUGUCUUAACAAGAAAGAAGUGGGAAAUACUCCUGAAAAGAAAACGAAAACAUUAGGAAGCCAUAACUAAUUUUACAUGGUUUUCAGCUUACUUACCAAUAUGGAGACUUAUCCUAACAUUUUUCCACCUGGUGAAGAUGGUGGGCCAAGUUCUCAAUCUGAGUUCCAAAAAUGUUAAUUGAUGAAAGGUUACGAUGUGAACAUCAUAAAACCAAUUAUCAGACUCUAAAAGUGGAACACACAAGGUUGCAGGAUGAGUACAUAAAGUCACAAAAUGAACUGACGCGCCUGUCAAAUGAAAAACAAACUAACCAGGAAAAGUUCCAGCUGCUGCUUGAAGAGCUAAGAGGGGAAUUAGUAGCGAAAACUAAAGACUUGGAAGAAAUGAAACUGCAGGUAUUAACUCCGCAAAAAUUGGAAUUGUUAAAAGCCCAGAUACAAGAAGAGUUAGAAACUCCAAUGCGAGAGCGUCUUCGGAAUCUGGAUGAAGAAGUUGAAAAGCAUAGAGCUGAAUAUAAUAAGCUUCGCUAUGAGCAUACAUUUCUUAAGUCAGAAUUUGAACACCAGAAAAACGAAUUUGCGUGUAUUUUAAAAGAAGAAAAAAUGAAAUAUGAGUCAGAGGUUGCAAGACUGGAGAAAGAUAAAGAAGAACUACAUAAUCAGCUGCUUAGUGUUGAUCUCACAAGAGACAGCAAACGAGUGGAGCAACUUCUUCGAGAAAAAGCCCAUUUGAGUCAGAAAUUAAAAGGCUUAGAGACUGAAAUAGUAGAAUUAAGGGCUGAAAACGAGAAUUCUGGUGCUCAGGUAGAAAAUGUCCAAAGAAUACAAGUGCGGCAGUUGGCUGAGAUGCAGGCUACAGUCAGAUCCCUGGAGGCUGAAAAACAGUCAGCCAAGUUGCAGGCUGAACGCUUGGAAAAAGAGCUACAAUCAAGCAAUGAACAAAAUACUUCCUUAGUCAAUAAACUGCAUAAAGCUGACCAAGAAAUAAAUACACUGACUAGUAAAGUAAAAGAUCUUAAACACUCAAGCAAUCUAGAAAUAACAGACGUCAAACUGGAGGCAGCAAGAGCUAAGAGUGAGCUAGAAAGAGAAAGAAAUAAGAUUCAAAGUGAACUGAAUGGGUUACAAUCAGACAAUGAAAUUCUCAAAUCAGCUGUUGAACGGCAGAAAAUGCUCUUAAUAGAAAAAGAUCGUGAGUUAAUAUGUAAAGUACAAGCUGCCAAGGAAGAAGGUUAUCAAAAGCUUGUGGUAUUACAAGAUAAAAAGCUGGAACUUGAAAACAGAUUAGCCGAUUUAGAGAAGAUGAAAGUGGAGUAUGAUGUUUGGAGACAAUCUGAAAAGGAUCAGCAUGAAGAGAAAUUGCAGGCUGCACAGAUGGCAGAGGAGUCGGCCAGAAGGGAACUUCAGAGUAUUAGGUUAAAACUUGAACAACAAAUUGUGAAUAUUGAAAAUGCAGAGAAAGAGAAAAAUGAAAAUUCUGAUCUGAAACAGAAAAUCAGUAGUUUGCAGAUUCAAGUGACCUCACUGACCCAGUCUGAGAAUGAACUGCUGAACUCAAACCAAAUGCUGAAGGAAAUGGUGGAGAGAUUAAAGCAAGAAUGCCGUAAUUUAAGAAGCCAAGCUGAAAAAGUACAACUAGAAGUUGAAAAGACACUGGAAGAGAAACAGAUACAGUGGUUGGAAGAAAAACACAAGCUUCAUGAACGUAUCACAGACAGGGAAGAAAAGUAUACCCAAGCUAAAGAGAAGCUACAGCGAGCUGCAACUGCCCAGAAAAAGAGAAAAUCUCUUCAUGAAAACAAACUGAAGAGACUGCAAGAAAAAGUAGAAGUCUUGGAGGCAAAGAAAGAAGAAUUAGAAACAGAGAAUCAGGUGUUAAAUAGACAAAAUGUUCCAUUUGAAGAAUAUACAAGGCUUCAGAAAAGACUAAAGGAUAUACAGAGAAGACAUAACGAAUUUCGAAGUCUAAUUUUAGUUCCUAACGUACCUCCGACAGCAUCUAUGAAUCCUGUUAGCUUUCAGUCAUCAGCCAUGGUUCCAGGGAUGGAAUUAUGCUUCCCUCCUCAUAUGCAGGAGGAACAACAUCAAAGGGAACUCUCUCUCCUUCACAAAAGACUAGAAGAACUAGAAACAACACAAAGAAAACAACUAGAGGAACUUGGAUCUCCUGGGGAAUGAUGUUCUUGGCAAAAAGACAGAGAGAUCAAAAGGGGUGGAAUCACAGACUCAGUAAAAUGUGAAGUUUUAACAUAUGUGGCAUUGAGGUACUUCGCUAAUGUUUGCCAAAGUGCUUGAAUGUGCCUCAAGAAAAAAGGCACCAACUAUGACAAGUGAAACAUUAAAAGGAACAGUUUUUCACAGAUAUUUAGAAUAUAUGUUGAUGUCCUUUUGAGACUAUGAAAAUAAAUCUAUAAAAGAAACUAAUUAAAAAAUCAAGUUGGGCCAGGGAUUUAGCUCAGUGGUUCUGCUGCCUGCCUCACAAGCGCAAGGUCCUGAGUUCGAUCCCCAGUACCAAAAAAAAAAAAAGUUAUAAAAUUGACUUUACUUUGAAUUUUUUUGGCAUUUUGGCUGAAAUAUGUCCAUUUUGAAAGUUCCUUUUUUCUUAUCUUUGAGGUGCUUGACAAUAACAGUCAGUAAACACCUUGUGGUUUACUAUAAGAGUUAUAAACCUAUAGUUUUUGGAAAAAAGAUGACAAUUUAAAGGACAGCAUAAAAACACUUAAAGGUAUCUAUAUAAACAUUCAUUGCAAAAGACUACCUUUUCAAAAAACUGUGUGCACAUAAUUUAUUAAAGAGCUUAAUAAAUAUUUUUCUAUCUAA